CACAGAGCUGGUGCGAUGGGCCUUUGGCCGCGCCUGUCGCUGCUGCUGCUGCUGCUGCUGAGCCUGGGGACGUCCGCAUGGCCUGCGGCUGUGGCCCUGGCACUGCGCUGGGUCCUGGGGGACCCCGCCUGCUGCGCGCUGGUGGGCCUGGCUGCGCUGGCGCGGCCGUGGCUCGUUUCCUGGAUGCCCCCCUGGCAGAGUCUGGCCGCCGCGGCGCUCGUGCUGGCUCUGCUGCCCGCACGGCCACCCCCGGGGCUGCGCUGGCUGCCAGCCGACAUGGCCUUCCUCGUCAGGCUCCUCCGCAUGGGCCUGGACAUCAGGGCGCGCCUGAGCCGCAAGCCCCCCGAAACCUUCGUGGAUGCCUUUGAGCGGCGGGCGCGUGCACAGCCGGACCAUGUGACCUUAGUGUGGACCGGUCCCGGGAGUCGCUCGGUCACCUACGGAGAGCUGGACGCCCAGGCCUGCCGGGCAGCGUGGGCCCUGAAGGCGGAGCUGGUCGACCUCGCGGGCGAGGGGAGCAGGGAAUCCGCCGCUCUCCUGGUGCUGCCCGCCAAGUCCAUUUCUGCUCUGGGCCUGUGCCUGGGACUGGCCAAACUGGGCUGCCCGGUGGCUUGGAUAAACCCGCACAUCCGCGGGGCGCCCCUGGUGCACGCGGUGCUGAGCUCCGGGGCUCGGGUGCUGGUGGUGGACCCAGACCUCCAGGAGAACCUGGAGGAAAUCCUUCCCAAGCUGCAGGCAGAGAACGUCCGCUGCUUCUACCUCAGCCUCUCCUCCCCAACGCCGGGGGUGAGGGCGCUGGGGGCCACCCUGGACACUGCGUCUCCGGACCCCGUGCCUGCUGACCUGCGCGCUGGGAUCACACUGCGGAGCCCUGCCCUGUUUAUCUACACCUCAGGGACCACCGGGCUCCCGAAGCCCGUCAUCGUCACGCAUGAGCGGACGCUACAGCUGAACAGGAUGCUGUAUCUGAGCGGGGUCACCGCGCGUGAUGUGAUCUACACAGUCUUGCCUCUGUACCAUGCGGCGGGGCUUGUCCUUGGGGUCCUCGGCUGCCUGGAGCUCGGAGCAACCUGUGUCCUGGCCCCCAAGUUCUCUGCUUCCUGCUUCUGGGAUGACUGUCGGCGGCACAAUGUGACUGUGAUCCAGUAUGUGGGAGAGAUCCUGCGGUACCUGUGUAACGUUCCCCAGCGACAAGAGGACCAGACACAUACAGUCCGCCUGGCGGUGGGCAACGGACUCCGGGCAGAUGUGUGGGAGACCUUCCAGCGACGCUUUGGUCCCAUUCGGAUCUUGGAAAUCUAUGGCUCCACGGAAGGCAACACUGGCUUUGUGAACUAUCCAGGACGCUGUGGGGCCGUGGGCAAGACAAGCUGCUUCCUUCGAAUGCUGUCCCCCUUCGAGCUUGUACAGUUUGACACGGAGGCUGCCGAGCCUGUGAGGGACAGAGCAGGCUUCUGUGUGCCUGUGGGUCCAGGGGAGCCGGGGCUCCUGUUGACUCAGGUGCUAGGCCGCCACCCUUUCCUGGGUUACCGCGGGCCCCGGGAGCAGUCGGAACGGAAGUUGGUGCGGAACGUGCGGCGCCCGGGCGAUGUUUACUACAAUUCCGGGGACGUGCUGUCCAUGGACCGCGAAGGAUUCCUCUACUUCUGCGACCGCCUCGGGGACACCUUCCGAUGGAAGGGCGAGAACGUGUCCACCAGGGAGGUGGAGGGCGUGCUGUCACUCGUGGACUUCCUGCAGGAGGUGAACGUCUACGGCGUGUCCGUGCCAGGGUGUGAGGGGAAGGUGGGCAUGGCCGCUGUGCAGCUGGUCCCUGGCCGGGCCUUCGACGGGCAGAGGCUGUACCAGCACGUCCGCACCUGGCUGCCUGCCUACGCUGUCCCCCAUUUCGUCCGUAUCCAGGACACGCUGGAGAUCACGAGCACUUUCAAACUGGUGAAGUCCCAGUUGGUGCGUGAGGGCUUCGACGUGGGCGCCAUUGCUGACGCAGUGUUUGUGCUGGACAACCAGGCCCAGGCCUUCCGGCCCCUGACACAGGAGAUGUACCAGGCCCUGUGUGAGGGCACCUGGAGACUCUGAACAUCUGGCCAGCCAACGAGACGGCUGGAGGGCAGGGCCCAGUGCUGCCCAAUGUCAGAAAGUAAAUAAUAAAGGGAGGCACUUUAGCAUGAAGCUGAAAUGUCAGAGGAACUACCUUGCACGUCUUAUGUGUGAAGCCGUAUAAAUGUUUAAAAAAGAAAGAAAAAAAAAAGCCCUGGCUGGUGUGGCUCAGUGGAUUGAGUGCUGGCCUGCACAUCAAAAGGUCACUGGUUCGAUUCCCAGAGCACUCGCUGGGGUUGCCAGGUCCCCCAGCUGGGGGUGUGCAAGAGGCAACCGAUUGAUGGGUCUUUCACACAUUGAUGUUUCUCUCCCUCACUUCCUCCCUCUCUAGAAAUGAAUACAUAAAUAAAGCAUAAUAACCUUUGGGCCUAAUCAAUUCACCUUGUGUACCUAACUUUUUGCAAGGAUAACAAGAAAGCAGUUAAUAUGGCUACUGGACUGAUGCCUACAGAGUAAAAAUUAAAAGCUUCGCCUUGACUGGUGUGGCUCAGGGGCUUGGGCGUCAUCAGGCCAACCAAGAGGUCUCCAGUUCUCUCCCAGGUCAGGGCACAGGCCCGGGUUGCAGGCCAGGUCCCCAGUAGGAGGCGCGCAAGAUGCAAACACAGGUUGAUGUUCCCCUUCCUCU